UAAAAGCAGGACAAGGAGGGGGAGAGAGAGAAAAGGGUGAGACUACCAGGAGGGGAGAGGUAUGAGGGGGCAGCUCCUGAAGUUUUUCUUCUCGUUCAUGAUCAUUCUCCUCUGUCUGGGGAGUCUGAUGACCAUGUUCAUCUGGUACACGUCGGACUACAAUCAUGUGAAAACUUACCAUCCGGCCCCUGCAAGGAAACGUGCACCAAAGCCCUCUGAGCUUUGUAAAGGCUGCAAGGAAAUCAUUGACAAAAUAAAACAACGUUACAAUCAAACCUGGACGAAGCAGGAAGAGAAUAACAUGAAAUUGAGAGCUGAACUGAGACUUAAGUGCAAUGGGUCUGAUGAAGCCAUCAUUACCCAGAGCAACACUCCGGUGGGAUCGAAGCUUGUUUAUGAUGGUGAAAAGAAGAGGACUAUUGAGGUGAAACAGGACCUGUUCAACAUGUUUAUUAAGAAACAUCCUUUCUCAAAUAAAAUAUGGGACACCUGUUCAGUUGUUGGGAAUAGUGGGAUCCUGUCUGACAGCGGCUGUGGAAAAAUGAUUGAUUCGGGUGACUUUGUUGUCAGGUGCAACCUACCUCCAUUGGACAAUGGAUAUGAGAAAGAUGUUGGCACCAAAACUAACCUUGUGACAGCAAAUCCGAGCAUCUUAUUCCAGAAGUAUGGCUCGCUGAUAGGACGUCGCCGUCCAUUCAUAGAUAGUCUUCGCCAGUAUGGCAGCUCUUUGCUGCUCCUUCCUGCCUUCGCCUUUAGUGGACAUACUGCAGUGUGUCAGCGGGCUGUUUAUGCAAUAGAGGACUUUGAAAGCCCUCUUCAGCCUGUUUUCUUCAACCCUCAGUACCUUCAGAAUCUGUCCCAAUUCUGGCGCUCUCAGGGCCUGAAGGAAGUACGGCUCAGCACCGGAUUAAUGGUGGCUAGCAUGGCCCUGGGAUUUUGUGAAAAUGUGCACCUGUAUGGAUUCUGGCCCUUCAGUAGUCACCCAUAUGGCCUCUACGCCCUGACUAACCACUACUAUGAUGACAAACCAGCUAAUAAAGGCUUCCAUUCAAUGCCGGCUGAAUUUGACCAGUUGUUGCAGCUGCACGCUCAAGGGGUAAUAAGGCUUCACCUGGGAGACUGUAAAGCUGAUGGAAAAUAGUUCCCAGGGACAGACAACACCACCGAAGCAAAGUGUCACCUCUGUAGCCUUCAGAUGAAACCAAUCACUUAAAUCAAUUCAUAUGCUUUUGAAUAAAAUGACCUAUCACUUUUGACUAGUGGAAAGAUGGAAAAUACCUACUAGCAGCCAAGACAUUUUUAACUGAAAAACUGGAUCUUCAACCCUGUUUAUUACCUAGAUGUUCCACCUGGAGUCUGGAAGUAUUUCAGCAUAAGUGGGAUGCCUUUGUAAGGCCGUUGUAUUCUAAUGCCUUGUGAAAAAUUGGUCUCAAAUUGUUCUGAAGUACCUUCGUUACAUGACAACGUUCAUCAUUGAAAUAUGGCCUGUUUAAUUCAUCAGUUAGGCAGAAUCUUGAACAGGCUACAUUCUUAAAUGUUCUUGAUUAUGGUGACUUUAUCUAUAUACAUGCUGCCUCCUCGGCACGUCGUAGUUUAGGCUCAGUUUAUCACAGUUCUUUAUGUUUCAUAUCAAAUUUCUUAUGCAGUACAGAUCACUAUGUACUUUAUAAUUUGGUUUCUUGGCUUUGAUUAAGUUUAAGGCGACAAGUGUGAUGGUGUAUAUUUUAUGUACAAAGCUAUCUUAGAUAAAGUUCCUUCUUACCUGUGUAAACUCUUAAUACUUUCAAGUAGCUGCUGUGAUUUGCUGGGCACCAGUUGGCUCCUCUUUAGGCUACCCAGGAUUUUUUCUGAACUUGGUGGAGAAGUGUCUCUUAUUUAGCACUUUGGUCAUGGAAUCACCUUCAGAGUACAUUACAGCUGAAUGAGACCUUAGAGCUCUCCUAAAGAGUGUAACUGCUCUUCAUAAUCUGAUCCUAGUAAUAUUUUGACUGACAUGUUUGUUUAUGUGUUUUGUUGUUAUGUUUGAUUUUAACUUGUAAAACUUUAGCUGUGUCCAAAUUCAGGGGCUGCAUCCUUGGAAGGCUGCAUUUGUAGGUCGAUUACGUCACGGUGAGGUGACAAAGACUCCUCCAAAUGUGGUCAAUGAAUUCAUCCUUAUUUUCCCAAAUUUGAAGGAUGGGUUCGGUGUAUCCUUUGUCGUCUACCAUUUCCCAUGAUUCAUUGCGCAUCAAAACUCAGACUCAGCAAUGGCAGAAGAUAGCAGCCAAAAAGUUUGAAAUAUGACUGUUUCUGUGUCGCUAUACCUGCAGGGAACACCCGACUGUCGGCACAUCCUUUUCAAAUCCCCGCUGGCUUUCACCACUGAGUGGAAGUUAAACACAGAUCUAAUUCACUCAGAUGAUCUCAAUCAGCUGAUGUUUGAAUUUGGACAAAACGUUUAUUGCU